AUGAUUGGCUUGGAUCAAGUCUUCUCUAACUUCAUUGGUGGUAUCAAUGUUGCCCAGUACACAAUGUUCGACUACCAACAACUUGUUAUUAUCUGCAGCUGCAUCUUCAUCAUCGUUAGCGUCGUUAUAACAUGCAUUGCUGCUCGUGAGGAACAAUUCCGCAAAAAUAUUGCCAAAUCAAAACCAUUUGUCCAGAUUUUCCGUUCAUUCAAGUCAAUGCCAAAGCCAGUUCUCCACAUCCAUCGUUGGAUGGGAUAA